AUGGCCCCCGGAGGCUCAAAGCCCGCCGGGCCCGGCAGUGCCGGCGCCUUUGUCUUUGUCAACACCACCAGUGACAGCUCCGCGGCAGGCCACAAGGCGUCCCGCUCCGCCCGGGCCUUUGUCAUGCGCAAUGCCCGGGCUGCACGCCCAUGGACCACCCGCAGCAAGGCAUCCCAAGCAGAGGAUGCAGCCCUCACAGCCGACACCCAGGACGAGGAGGACCAUGCAGCAGAGGAUCAAAAAGUGCUUGUCGCAGGGGACGAACCUGCCAACCGGCGAAGACCAUCAGCAACUGGCAAAGCCCGCCAGGGAUCCGUAGGGAAGCCACAGCCCAAGAAACAUCGUCAGCAGCAACAGUCGCCAAAAUCGCGUAGGCAAUCAUCUCUAGAGAUAUGUCCUCGUUGUAACCAUGAACUUGGCGAUGAGGGCUCUUCAGAUGGCCAGCUAGAAUGUGCAGUGUGCAACAAGAGUCUUGCAGUGCUGUCUGCGCAAACGGGACUCUCUGGCGAGGUCGACCCUUUCCGUAUCUCCUCAGUCAGGCUGGAUGGACCGACAAGCUACAUGCUGGACUUCUUCAUAAAAGCUGUCUCACCCCAGAUCGUGCCCAUGGCUGGCCCUGCCCUUUCCCACUCGGCUACAAUCCAGGCUCACUGGAUCGUGCCUUCACUUCAACAGUCAGCCUUCAUGCACGCCAUGCUGGGCUUGAUUGCCCUCCAACUCAGCAUCUUGCAACCACAGCAGACCAAGUUUCGCGGUCUUGUGCAGUACCACAAGAUGCAGGCCAUCAAGAAGGUGCAGCAGGGACUGAACGACCCUGGCCAAGCAGUGUCCGACGAGAAUCUUGCUGCUGUCUUUAAUCUCAUGUGCAUAGAAGAAAAUCUGUUUUUGCCCGAGGUGCCACAGACUGCGGAGCUUCAUGCAGACCAGCGACAAAGGGUAGCUCAUAUGAACGGCUUGAAGGAAAUGAUACGACUCAGGGGCGGCGUUCAUGGGCUGGCGAGCUCAAAGAUGCUGCAGCAUCUAAUUGUCAGACACACCGUGCCUCAACUUGGGAUCUGUUGGCAUAAGUCAUAUCUACUGCCUCGAGAUUUGAUCGGGCAGAUGUAUCACGGAUACCCGGUAUCUUCGCCAUCCUAUGAAAAGCCAGCACCGAUGACAAACCUCUUCACAACACUCGGGUUCGAUGAGAGCUUGAUACAUCUCGUCAAGAUUAUGGAAUGUCUUGAGCACGACCGAAAAGCGUGGGCCAAGGCUCCAGAACGGCAUGAGUGGGAUGCACUCGAUGUGCAGACCAUCUACUCGAUGAUGAUCUCCCAUCUCAUCCGAUGGUACAUCGAGGGUGAUGACAAGAAUAAAUUGAGGCCGGCACAAGGACUCGUCUGCCUCUGUUUCAUUCAAUCAAUUGCUUUCCUUGGCGGUGGCAAGGCGCCCAUGGCAUCAGGUCCAGUGACCGUUUUGUCACGCAUGAAACGCAUGUUCGAUGCGGUGGACGACCCCCUCGAGGGUCUACACGGUACCGGUGUGGACCUCUGGAUCGGUAUCCUAGCUGUGCUCAGCUCCGAUGGGCACGCCAACUACGAGGACCAGUUCUGGCAGAUAUACCUAAACGCUGUUCGGAACCAGGGCGACCGCACCAUGGAAACUUUCGAAGACGUCAAAGCUGCCAUGCACAUCUGUAUGUGGAACACGAUGAUGGAUCUGCCCGCGAGGAUUGUCUGGGACGAAACACCACCUCAUUGGAAACGCGAGGGUGCGAGCCCGGACUCGCACAAUUUGGCUGAUCCCACAAAUCAGCGGAUCAGACUCCCACGGAGCUUGCGCCUAGGCGUACUACUGUCCGCUUCGAACCCGUAUAUGAAUGGCCACCCGGCUGCACAUAUCAAUGUGGAGGGAGAUGAAUCAGCCUACAAUCUUUGA